AUGUUGUUUAAUAACGACAACUGUCACCAUGAUGGCAAACCUUUCAUCAUGCUUGCCAUGAUUCUUAUCAUGUUAACGAUAACAACAAUUGCCAACGCUUCCAUGAUGACCAUCAAUAGUGACUAUAAAUUACCAAAUGGUGGUUUUUCUUUUAAAUUUGAAUUACAGGAACGAUCUGGAAAAUUGGAAAAGUACCACGGUACUACUGUAAGAUAUCAACAAACCAAUGGAAAUGCUGUAAACUUGUUAUUGGAGAGUGCAACACUGGGUUUUGGAACAUUCUUUGAUUCGACAAUUUUACAUACAUUUUUAAAGCCAAUUUUGGGAGCAGAUGGAGAGACAAUGACUGAAUGUCUUCAUUUGAAUUAUGAUUCGCCUUGGAAUAGUGGAGUUGAGAUGAGUAAAAUGUUGGACUUGAUUGUUUUCAAGAAGGUUUCUCAAAUGGAAGAAUUCACUUUGAGGGAUGACAGCAAGAAAGUUACAGAACUAUCAUCUCAUGAAAAGUUCUACCUUGAUCGUCUUGAUGGGUUAAUGGCUAACUGUACUUUCUAUGACAGAAAGUGGUUGCAAGAAAAUAUGAGAAAAGAAACUGGCUCUCAACCAAAUACAGCUGUCAGACAAUUCAUGGAAAAAUACAUUCAAAAGUACAAAUUCAGUGGAAAGAUCAAUGCUCCAAUAUUGCAAGAUAAUAUUUACAAAACCUCCCACCAAUUAAAGCCAAUCAACACUCGUAUCAGUUUGUGGUUCCAAAAUGAGAGAGAAGCAUGUGUAUUGGCUCAUAUCAGAGACGAAAGUGCAUGUAAGAGAAUGAUGAAAUCCAAUGAAAAUAAGCCAACAUGCAUCUUCCUUCAUGGAGCAGGUUACAAGAAAGAUCUUCCUCCUCAAAAAACACUCUCUGAUUAUUGGGGUAAUGUGGCAGAUUAUGUUCCUCAAUGUGGUGAUGUUUGGUUUGGAGCAAGAGAUACCAAAAACUUUGGUUGGGAUGAUGAAAACUUGCAAAAAUACUAUUGUGAAACAGCUUUGUUGGGAAGUGGAAACUCUUCCACCAUCAAAAAUACCAUUAUUUACUCUCACUCAAUGGGUAAUCUCAUUUUGGCUGCUGCUUUCAAGAAUGGUAUUUGUGAUAUUGAUCUAUCAACAUCUGAGUGGUAUACUAUUGGUUCUCCAUUCAAUGGUUCACUUGUUUCAAGAACAGCUCAAAGUAUUUGUUACGAUUAUUACUAUGACAAUUUCAAGCUCAAUAAGAAGGGUAUUGUUGGUUGGGUAAUUACUUUGGCAGGUUAUUGCAUUAAGGGUACACCAGAUAUCUUCCCAAGUUAUGCCUCUGUUGAGGAAGGUUACUGCUCUCCAAAAGAUGGCACCUGCAUUCACGAUUUGUAUCAAUUUGCUGAUCCUUACGAUAAGGGAAGAAUGUGUGGAGAUACUCCAAUUGGCUUAAUUACUCACUACAGCAUUGCUCUCGAACUAGUUCAUCUACUUGCUGAUUUACAAUAUCAAUCCGAUGGAUUUGUUACUUUCCCAGCAUGUCAAAUGGAUGAAGCAAAGAAAUUUACUAGUGAAUCACCAAAUGAUUUAUGUCAAAUUAGAAGUUAUUCAAUCACUCACACUGUUUUGGAGGAAAAUAAGGAUGGUAAUCGUGGUCAAAAUAAUAGACCACAACAAGGUGGUAAACCAUUCGUAAAAAAGACCUACAAUAACAAUAACUCUCAACAAGGAGGACAACAAGGAGGUGAGAAUAGACCAUACUACAAGAAACAAUACAAUAAUAAUAACAACGCUAGUGGUCAAGCACAAAGCACACACAACAAGAGACCAUACAUGAAACCAAAACCACAAGGAACAACCCCACAACAAACUUCUACUUCAACUACUAAUACUACCACUGCCAACACUACAAACACUUCCGCUGCUCCAAAGAGAAUUGUUAAGAAGGACGGUGAAUUGUUGAAGGAAGCCCAAAAGUUGAAGGAACUUCAAAAGAAAAUUAAGAAUGAAGACGCAAAUACUUCAUCCACAGAAGUUGUUGAAGCACCUUUGGAAGAAGAGGAAGGCGUAAUUAUUGUCGAUGAUGCUGCUCAACCAACACAAAAGAUUAUGCAAAAGAGAGCCUUGAGUGAAGAAAUUGAAAAGCAAGAAUAUUUAAUGAGAUUAGAAGGAAAGAAAAAGAAGCCAUCUACUUCAUUAAAGAUUGCUAGUAAUAAGAAGAAGGGUGCCAGAAAGCAACAAAGAAAGAAGGAAGGACAAAGCGAGGAAGGUGAAGAAGGAAAGGAAUUCAAGGGUGAAUUCAGAAGAAAGAAGAAGGGUGAAGAAGAAGAGGAAGAAGAUGUUCUCAAGACUGAUAUUGAAUUGAAUCAAAGCUUUGCUGAAACAAUUGAUAGAAUUUAUACUGGUUUUAACCCAGAGUUGGUUCACGAACAACUUAACUCGAUAUCUAAGAGAGGUUUCAUUCCAGCUAUGGCUGAAAUCGGAGCUGAAAGUGGUGCUAAUUUUGCUCCACUCAUGAAGCAAAUUUUGACAGGAGUUGCCAUUCACGAUGAAGCCUAUCAUAAUCUUAUGAGAUUUGUUUCUAAUUAUCAAGCUCUUGCUCAAAAAGUUUUGGAUUCUAUGGAAGAUAAGGAAAGAGCUGAUAGUAUUAGAGAAAUUUAUCCAUUCUUGGGUGAAGGUGCUACUAUUGAAAUUGACUCUAACUUUGAUGUUAACGAAUUUUUGAAACUCAAUCCUGAUGUUAGAAUGAAUCUUGUCCAAUUGUUCGAUCCUGACUAUUUUACAAAUUUGGAAGCUGUUGAAUCUAAGGCUGCUAAGGACUUGGAAACUUUGGCUAAUGAAGGAAAAUUAACUAGAAAGGAAUUGGAUUUAUACAAGCAAGAAAUUUCAACUUCACUUUUGGCUGAAAAAUUAUUGAACUAUUUUAACUCUAAAUUAUUCUCACUCCAACUUGCUGGUGUUAGUGAUUUCUUCUUACAACAGGAAACUGUUAAGGAAUUGGCUGAUCACUGUUUUGAUACUAUUGUCAGAAAGAGAGGUUCUGCUGUCGUUCCAUUCCUUCCAGAAGCUGAAAGAAACUUUAUUGAAGAACGCGAGGCUAAUUUGGGCAUGAAAUAUGGCAUUACUAGAGAAAAUUUACAUACAUUUGUUGGAAAGGAAUCACUUUUACGUGAAGGUACUUAUCAAAGUUUGAAUGGAAGAAUUGAAGAAUUACUUUCAAAGAAACGUGUCAACACAAUUGCUAUCGAAAAUAGAUUGAAGAUUGAACAACCAAGUGAUGACUUUGAUAAUGAAGACGAAUACUACUAUGGUGAUGAACAAAAUCCAGUUGAAGCUAAGGAAAAGAGAGCUAAUGCUGUCAAUUCAAUGCUUGCAGACUUUAAAUAUCUUCCAUUGAAGAGUCACGUCAGUGCUAUCAGACAUAAGAUUAAGCAAAGAUUAUAUCACAUUAUGAAAUACGUUUAUGAACCAAAGCUUGAAACUAUCCCAUAUAUAAGAGAUAUUCCAUUUACUAGUGGUCAAUAUCACCAUGCUGGUAAGACUGGAUCUUUUGCCAAGUUUGCUCCAAUUGAAAGAAACUUUGAUGAAAUUAUUGAAUCAAGUAGUUCACCUGAUUCUAUUGCUAGAAUUGUUCUCAUCAAUUAUUCUAGAGCUUUGGGUCAAAAUGAUACAAUUGACAUGAAGUCUAAGAUGAGUUUGAUGCACAGAUUUGGAUCCUUCAUCAAGACUCUCGAUGAACAAGGAGAUUUGAUUGAACCUGUUGCUCUCAAUAACGGUAAGAGAACCCACAUUCACCCUAACAGAGUUAAUCCUCGUGAUGCUGAAUUGGAUCUCAAGUCUAUUCACGUCAAUGAACCUGAAGAACACUGGUUCUGGAAGUACAUGGAAGAAGCUAGUGAUAAGGUUGAUGAUGUCAUUAGUAAGAGACUUGCUAGUGAAACUAAACGUUCCGAUAUUGGACGAGGUGGUAAGCCAAAAGUUAAGAAAGUUAGAUCAAAGAAGUAAAUAGCCUUUGUGAUUAGGGAUAAAUAUCACUGUAAUAAAAAUUAAUAUUU